GCAGCAGCACCAGCAGCACCAGCAGCAGCAGCAGCAGCAGCAGCAGCAGGAGCUCUCUAAAGCUCCUCUUGCCAUCCCUGACACUCCAGCAACAGCAGCCACUGACCUGCCUCAGGCACUGCUGCCACAGCCCCUUGGCCAGCACAGCUCUGCUCCCCAGCUCGCAGCAUGGAAGCUUGUUACUCUCCACAGCAAUCCAAUGUCACUUCAUACGGGGUCACCACUGUGGCCAUCGUCACCCUGGAGGCGUUUGCUGGCAUGUGGAUAAACGCUUUCAUCGUUUGUGUGCUUUGCCUUGCCUGGGUCAAAAAGAAAACCCUCAACUCUAAUGAGAAGAUCUUGCUGCUGCUGGGAUGCUCCAGGUUUUGCUGUUUGUGCAUCUCAUGGGUAAAUGAAUUCCUUUUAAUAAUUCAUCCCAAUUACCUUUAUGCUCACCCAAUACUUCAAUUAAUUACAUCUUUUACAAACUUUUUUAACUAUUCCAACUUGUUGGUUUCAGCCUGUCUUUGUGGGUUUUAUUGCAUAAAAAUUGCCAAUUUCAGGAACAGGUUCUUCAUCUACCUGAAAGUAAAAAUUGACAGGAUGGUGCCCUGGCUCUUGUUGGGGUCAGAGAUUUUAGCCUUGGCUGUCGGCAUCAUUAUCUAUGACCUCACUGAAACUCUGCCGAAUACCAACUGCAAUUUCACCUGCCUCAGCAAUUUUUGGGAACCAAGUAUUAGACUGGAUAAAAGAUUUUUCUUUUCAUUUUUUCUCACUGGAUUUGGAUAUGCUGCUUCAUUCAUGGCAGUCAUCUUCUCUGCUGUUUUCCUUCUCUUUUCCCUCUGGACACACAAAUGCAAGAUGCAGAAAAACUCCAUGAAGGACCUCAGCAUGGAUGCCCACAUCAGAGCCAUGAAAUCUAUUCUCUCCUUCUUAGUCAUGUACAGCAUCAACUUUGUAUGCUUGAUCUCGACAAUAAUUUAUAACAUGGAGGAUGAAAAUACUAUGAGACUUCUUAUAUCCAUAUAUCUGUGUGCUUUUCCAGGAGUUCAUUCCCUUAUUCUGAUUUUCAGCAAUCCCAAGCUGGAAAAGUCACUGCUAAAGAUUCUCUCCUGUGUCAAGUGUGACUUUUCUGUGAAGUAGGAACUCUGAAAAAAGCUAAAGCUCAUGCAAAAUGUUGAUCUUUCACCAUAGAAAAGAAGUAGUUUAACUUCUAAUGCAGCUCUCCAAGCAGUGUAGAUGAUACCGAUGUUCGCUCUUCAACAUCUCAGUUCAGAAAAUGUCAUUCAUAUCUAUUGAGCUAAAUCAUUGUGAGUUCAAGAUAUUAUUAUUGUAUUUAGAUUUAGCUAAAUCCUUGAGCUAUAUUUUAGUUCUUAUCAAAGUCAUUCAGCCCUGAUUGUAGGAAUGAUGCCUGUCCCCCUGUGUGCUGAAGGGAUUCAUGUGGGCAUGAGGGUCUGCUGGAGGGGUGAGGGAUUAUCAGGCAGAGGCCCCUUUACCUCUGCUUGAGCCCAGUGGAAGAGGGAGUGAUGCUAAUUAAGUGUUCAGCCCCUGCCCAAGACUCACAGCCUGUGCAAUCAGAGCCCUUGGUAUCCCUCAUUUCCCCAUCAGCUGGCUGCCCACCACCAUUUCCCAUGGCAGCAAUUGGGUAUUUUGACUGCAGCCUCACCUUCCACUUUUGCACUUCUCCCACAAGCAGACAUUUGGCAUUUGAAAUCCUGCCUGGCACACGAUGGCAAUAUGACCCCACUGUGCAGACAGGACAGCAGCAUUGCUUUGCUCUCCAAAGCAGGGAACACCUUUUGUAAAGAUUUGCUCUUCCAACUGUGUCAGAUUGUACCCUGGUGAAAUUCUGUUUAGAGGCCUAACUGAAGGUGAAGUUGUGCUCAAUGAGUUACCCAUUGCACUUCUGGUUUGAGUUCUUUUGAA